AAGUCCGCAGAGUCCUUGGAGGCCCAGAGCAUCCGCGGUCACUAUGACAACCUCAGACGCCUCGCGUUCCAGAGCAGCCGGUUGCGGAGUUGAGAGGCCUGGUGGCCCUGGGCGGUGGAGACCCCGGUGUCAUGAGGCGGCAGGAGGCACUGGUGGCGACAGCAGGAACAGCUGUGGAGGCGGGCCUAGACGGGGAGCAGCCGAGGCCCGUAGGGCUGGGGUGCCGAGGGCGUGCGGAGUCCGGUGGCCCUCAAGAGUCCCGCCAACAAUGGAAGACGUUUUUAUACUGUGAGCCUCAUAAGAGGAUCAAGGAGGUGCUGGAGGAAGAACUUUCUAUGAAGAGGGAUGAGUGUCACAUCAAAAGCCCUCCUGCAGUGUCCCUGGACGGAAUUUGGAGCAUUAAAAGGAAUCUCCCUGUGGGAGGCAUGAUGCCAGGACAGCAGAGCAGAAACAGUUCACUCCCACAAGCCAAGUACUAUUCGAGGCAUGGAGGGCUAAGAAGGUAAGAUGGACUUAUCCUUUCACAGAGAUGGGACUUUCAUUCUCCUAAUGUCCAGAGACAGAAGAAACCCAAGCAUGCUUCUCAGUUUAAGAUGUAUGGAAGAAAAGUUUUUAGCCUGGAAUACAUAAUCAGUCCAAAGCCAUGAAAUACCAUUGGGAAAAUGUGCUAAGAGAAAUAUACUUGUUUUUCAGUUUUCCCAGUUGGGGUGUAUUAGGCUUCUGUUCAGUUUAUUCUAUUAAAUGUAUAAAACUAAAGGCACAGCUCUUCUUUA